ACGAGAGUGGGCGGUGGAGAAUACACAUCUCUUGUCCAACCAAUGCGAAGCAUUGACAAGGGAACACAUUGUCACAUUUCUUUUGGGUGUCAGUUGCCAAAUUUGAAGACCUGCUUCAGCAGCUUGCCCCUCACAUCUCGCACAAGAGAACGCACAGCUUGCCCCUCACAUCUCGCACAAGAGAACGCACAGCUUGCCCUUAAGUGCUGCAGGACUGUGACCCGCCAGCUUUUGGCGAGCGGAAGCACACAGCAAAGUAUCACUGCGAGUUAUGAGCUAGGAAUCUCCACAGUUUAGGCCAUCAUCGUGGAAGUGUGCCUGUCCUGAAGGAGGAUUUUGUUUGCUUAUCCCUCCGCGGCAAAAUUGUCUUCGCCGUGGACAACGUGGGCGCAUGUGGUCUGGAGGGAAAUGCGGGAAUCUUCUCAUUGAAGCAAGCUCAGCUUCCAAAUCAUUGCAGGCCAGCUGCCGCUACCAAGGCCUGAGUGCUUGUCGGGGACCCAAACACCGCACCCAUAUGUCUUUGUGGGAGACGAGGCAUUCCCUAUGACGGUAAACCUGAUUUGACCAUAUCCAGUACAGUAUCAGAGAAAGUCAUAGAUACGAUCCCGGGCAAAAGGGUAGGAACCAGGAACACGCGGUGAUGGAGCCGCAAAUCGGCGAUAACAAUAAAAGGGAAGAGCCCGAAGACGACAAGGCCACGGUCCAAUCCCCGACCUCGAGUGCAGCGGUCACCCCGCGCAGGACUUCGAGAGACCGCGGAGUCGGCCGGAAGAAGGGGUUUUCUCCUUCGCCGUGUACGAAUGGAGCAACACCAGGCACUCCGAGUUCUGGACGAGUGUUACGAGACCGGUCUACACGAACGGUACCAGCUUGGUUGCAGAGCGAGAAGAGUGACGAUGCAGAAGAAUCGUGCCCCGACAAAGCCGUAAACCGCCGGAGGAAGGCUGCUUGUCCACGACCCAGGAAAAAUGCCUCCUCCGCAGCUCCAACAGAGAGUACAGAAGAGGUCGGGAAUGACGACAGUAGUCAAGCUCAUGACUCAGGGGACCCAAAGAAACCCACUGUUCAAGCCCCCCCUUACUCACAGAAUGCUCAGGCGCGUGCCAAGGCCCCUUCUGCCCGGGGUACAAGGGGGUCCGCCAAACCUGUGUGCAAGAGUGAGCCUGGCACCGACACCCCAACCGUGGUGGUGGAGGCAAAGGUAGUCGAAAAGAAGACAGUUGGGACUGAGAAAAAAGAGGAGAAUGAGGAAGAUGUUCUCUUGGGAGGAGAAUAUGAGCCUCCUUUCCAAGAUGACCCGAAAGACCUCAGCUUCCAGCCACGGUCACAGAGUGGGGAGGAGGUAAUCAGCAGUGACGAUGACAUUCCCUUCAGAGAUGACCUCAACGACCAGAGCUACAACCCAGAGGCUGAGACUACUAGGGAUGUCCCCAAACCGCGGCGCAAACCCCCUCCGAGACAGAAAGAGAAGGAGCCAGGAAUCAAGAUAGAGGGCACAGAUGUGAAGCUGGAGAAUGAGUUCGGAGAGGGGGAUGUGCCCAGAAAGAGAGGCAGGAGAAGGAAAGAUGAUAAAAGUCCCCGGCUCCCAAAAAGAAGAAAGAAGCCCCCGGUGCAGUACGUGCGUUGUGAGAUGGAGGGGUGUGGCACAGUCCUGGCUCACCCUCGCUACCUGCAGCACCAUAUUAAGUACCAGCACCUGUUGAAGAAGAAGUUUGUAUGUCCUCACCCAUCCUGUGGAAGACUCUUCAGGCUGCAGAAACAGCUACUUCGCCAUGCCAAGCACCACACAGACCAGAGGGACUACAUCUGCGAGUUCUGCGCCCGCGCCUUCAAGAGCUCCCACAAUCUGGCCGUGCACCGCAUGAUCCACACCGGAGAGAAACCACUGCAAUGUGAGAUCUGCGGCUUCACCUGUCGCCAGAAGGCCUCCCUCAACUGGCACAUGAAGAAGCACGACGCUGAUGCCACCUACCAGUUCUCCUGCUCCAUCUGUAACAAGAAGUUUGAGAAGAAGGACAGUGUGGUGGCCCACAAGGCCAAGAGCCACCCGGAGGUGCUCAUCGCCGAGGCCCUGGCGGCCAACGCCGGGGCCCUCAUUACUACCCCCGCCUCCCUGCUGGAGGCCUCUGGAAUGGGUUCUGUCGGGAACCAGGGGGAGCUGGUACGACUGGAGCCCGCCCAGCAGAUGACUCAAGUGGGGCAACAGGUGGCUCCGCUGGGGCAGGUGACCCAAGUGGGCGAACAAGUGACCCACAUGGGGCAACAGGUAGCUCAGAUGAGUCAGGUCAGCCACCAGGUGGUAGUAGUGAGUCAGGACCAGGGCCUCCAUGCCAUGCAGAUGCCCCUAACCAUCGCCCUGUCUCCCAUCGACCCCCCGUCGCCCUCAGAGACCCAGCAGCAACCCCACCACACCCUCCAGCUCCAGAUGCCCCUUCAUUUUGUUCAGCAGCAUCAGCAGCAGUCGCAGCAGCAGCAGGCCCAGAUCCAGCAAUUGGCCCUUCAUUCCAGCUCGGUGGUAACCCAGCAGCAUCAGCCCCACCAGCUCCAGCAAAUGACCCUGCAGUCUUAUCAGCAGAAUCAGCAGCCGCAGAUUCUCCACAUGACCUUCCAGAACGUCGACGGGUCACAGACCCAUCUCCAGCACAUACCCCUGUUAGCCACCCCCCAGCAACUCCAAACCCUCCAGAGUAGCUCCCAUAUUUCUACUGCCAACCUCCCUCUCAUGGCCCAGGUCCAACCACAACCUCAGGACAUUCAGCUUCAGGACCCAACCACUGUGGGUUGUAGCGAAAGCUACACUCUGGACGAUUCUGUUCCCUCUGCCUCCUCUCCUUCCCCUAACACCCUUCAACAGUGUGAGACUGUAGGGGGGGGAGAGGUAGUUUGGGAAGGGGGCGGAGAGGGAGAUGGAGUAGAAGAGGGGGAUGUCUUGACUGAUGCCACAGAAGUACACAUGCAACAUGUACUUAUCUAGACUAGUCUGCGUGGGUGGGGGGGAGACUAGUCUGGAUAUUCAAACUGAAUUCAGCUCUGUUUCACUGUACUAUCACUAAUUAGGAAAGUGAAAUAACAUGAUUCAGUCCGGAUUUAGGUUAGGGGAAACUGCGAACGAUGUGGAAAGACCGUAAUUAAGGGAGAGGUCUAGCUAUGUCCCUCCUAAUGUAUUGUGGCAUCAUUUGAAAUAUAUAGGAUCACAGAAAUAUGUAUUUAUAGUCACUUUUGGUAGCUUUUUAGAUCUACCCGCAUCAGGGCAGUUGUGUGUGAGUUGUUGCCUUUGUACAUAAAGUGAUGUAGCCAUCUAUACCCAUCAA